GACUGUCUGACUGAAAAUGCUAUUCGGCAGAAGGAUGAACCGUCUGGUCUUUGAACUCGCCUUAUGACCGUCAUUUUGCACCAGAUCGUCGAGCUGUUGUGGGGUUCCUAGCUAGUGACUGACCAUCCAGUUCGUUGUUGAACUGGAGCUUGACGAUGGCCUUACGUUCCCCGCUUGUCUUGUCUGGACUCCAAUCCCCCUGACCUCGGGCACUCAUUCCCAGGCUGUAAAUGCCAGGUUCUAGCUGUGAUCUCGCUGCUACAUGCUGUGACUCUCUGUUGCUUAAUUUUUAUCUCCCGACAGUCCUGUUUUUCUCGCCAUUGCCAGACAACUUGAUCUGCUCGGAAAGGUGCCCCGCCGGUGGUGUCAGGGCCUGAAGUUUACCCCGCGAGAUUCAGCAUAUGCUAGAGCGUCAUGGAUCCUUCCAAGAUGAAUGGGGCGGAAAAGCUGCAGCAGGUUGCUCAGUUGCUGGGUUCACUGGAAAAGGAUAUCAAGGGAAAAAAUCUCAGCUCUGCCCAGCGAGUGCAGAUUCUGCUAGCAUUGCGACUGCAUGGCACAGACCCUCGGAACGCAGAUCCAAUAUAUUCGAAGAGCGGGAUAGAGAUACUGGUGAAAUAUGGCGUGGAUGGGGAAACGGCCGAUGUUCGAAGGGCAGCGUUACGGUGCGUUGCGAACGCGUUGCUCCUGGAUGAGAAGAUGCGCCAGGUUUUUGUGGACACCGGAUACGGUGGUAAACUCGCCGAGCGAUUGAAGUGCGACAACUCCGAGGACGAGAUGGUCACAAGUCGAAUUCUGUUUCUCUCAACCUACGACACAACGUUGGACUUUGAAAAGCUCAUUAGAGAACACUCUCUUGGUGACAACAUCAACUAUCAAAUCGCCCGACACGCCAAACAGUUUCCUAAAGGAGGGAAGACGCUCUCUCAGAUCGACGAGCUAGCACUGAUAGAUACGCUGAAACUGAUAUUCAACAUCUCCAAAAUCUAUCCAGACUUGGCCGAUACCUUUACGCCUUCUAUACAGUCCAUUUUCAAGAUUAUCAGCCGCAUAGAUGAUGUGCCUUCAAAGCCACUGGAUGGUUUGACGGGCUACUUGAUCAAUGCCCUAUCGACGCUUGACCUCGAAGGCAAAAAGGGGAAAAAGCUCGACAGCAGUGCUCUGUUUCCCAAAUUCAACCAGAACUGCAAUGUGGACAAAUUGAUCAACAUUCUGGAUCAGUCGGUAUCCAUAUACAAAUCCGACGAUCUCGAGGCCAAAACCAUCCCUCUCUUCUAUGCAUUGAUCACUAUAUUUGAACUUGCACCCGACGGCCCCCGCAAGUAUAUGCAGUGGCUUCUUCUACCAGAAGACAACGACCGAAGCCAACCUAUUGGUCGUUCUGACACGCUAUCCUCCAAGCUUCUGCGACUCUCAACUAAGCCCUACCCCAAACUCAAGACGGCCAUCUCUGAGCUGAUGUUCGUACUUUCCGGUAAAAAUGCAGAGAACCUCACUAAAAACAUUGGUUAUGGUUUUGCGGCCGGUUUUCUUGCAUCCCGCGGCAUGGAGAUACCGCAGACUGCCGGGGAAGCAUUCGCGACGAACUCAAGUGGAUUCAGUCCGGAUGUGAAUCCGAUUACCGGUCAAAGAUGGGCCGCGGAACCGAAAGAUCAAGAGCCGCCCAUGACAAAUGAGCAGAAGGAGAGGGAAGCAGAGCGCCUCUUUGUCCUUUUCGAAAGAGCCAGGGCGAAUGGUAUACUCCAGGUAGAAAACCCUGUAGCACAGGCUGUCCGUGAAGGGAGGUUCGAAGAACUGCCUGACGACGCGGACAGCGACUAGCUUUAUUUUUGGCCGAC